AAUUGAUUAUGGGAUAUUCAGCGUCGCCAUUUUGAGAAGUACUCGUUCCCGCCUGACAUGAUAAAUAUCAUAUAUUUAUUGGUUAUUCAAUGAUCUGACUAUUAAUUAUUGCAAAACCCAACCCAUAGAAUCAUAUUUAACAAAUUGCAUUUGAUGUCAUGAAUCCCUCAACAUGAAAAAUUGGAAAUGAACCAAGAAACCCGUGGAGUACAUUUGAUAUUGAAGUUUCUCCGUGUUUACAUUUGACAAAAUAAACCACAGUCUUCUCCAAAGAUAACAAGAUGUUUUGGAAGUUUAAUCUUAUCACAACUUCAAAGAUUGAUACCUUGCUUGGGAAGGAGGAUGUCACCCUUCAAGAAUUGAUGGACGAAAAUGAUAUACUACAGGAAUGCAAGGCACAGAAUAAAAAGCUCAUUGAUUUCAUUAUAACACCAGAAAACAUGGACUGUAUGGUUAAAAUGAUAACUGUAGAGCCAGAGGAUGAGGAAGAUGAGAAAUGUAAAUACAGAUUUCCAAAUACAGCAUGUGAACUGUUAACCUCCGACGUCCAACAGAUUACAGAUGCUCUGGCAGGAACAGAAGAAUUAGUCAUCAAACUGUAUAGCUUUUUAGAGGGAGAGAAACCUCUCAACCCAUUGUUAGCUAGUUUCUUCAGUAAAGUAAUGGGAUUACUUAUCACUAGGAAAAGUGAAAUGAUUUUUGAAUUUUUAAAGUCACGAGAAGAUUUUAUAGGACAACUACUUCACCACAUUGGUACAUCAGCAAUAAUGGACUUGUUAUUACGGUUGUUGACUUGUAUAGAAUGGAUAGAACUUAAAAGAGCAGUUGUUGAGUGGUUAAAUGAGAAACAGAUAGUAGAACGACUGGUUGACUGCCUUGUAGCUGGAGAAGAUGAGGAGGUACAUUGUAACAGUGCACAAUCAUUAUGUGAUAUUGUGAGAUUAGGUCGUGAGCAACUGAAUCAAGAAAAUCCACUCCUGUCCACAGUAGAACAGGAAGAAACUGUAGCUAAAUUAUUAACUAAUAUGUUAGGGCAAGACAAGAACGAAUCUGUUAUAGUUAAUGGUCUUUCUGUGAUACAAACACUGUUAGAAUUUAGGAAACAAAGCCCUGAAGGUUCACAAGAGCACCUUGCUUCCAUAGACACGGAUCGUUUAGCACAAGGCGUUAGCAAUGUUUUAUUAGCAGUCACUCCUAGGUUAAAAGAUUUUCAUAAUUUAUUGGUGGAACCUCCUCAGCAACGCUUCACUUCAAUGCCAACAACUAUAGGCACUUUAGAACCUCCUUUAGGAAACACACGGUUACAGAUUGCCAGAUUAGUUUCAGCUUUAGUUUUAACCAAUACACAUUCUGUCAACAUAGAAUUAGCUAAUUUAGGGACCAUUGGUGUUUUAUUUGAUUUAUUUUUUCAGUAUGUUUGGAAUAAUUUUGUACAUGUACAUGUAACACAAUGUGUAAAUACAAUACUCUAUAAUUCUCCUGUGGAAGUUGAGGGUAAAAAAGAGCACCCUUUAUUAGCACAAUUAUUUGCAGAAUUUAAUAUAUUACAAAAAAUACUAGAUGUAUGGGAAGAAAAUGAUCAGCAACAAAGUCGAGACAAGGGUAGAAGACGAGGCUACAUGGGUCAUCUGACUAAAAUAGCCAAUGAAAUUGUUGCUGUUGUAGAAAAAGGGGAAAAUUGUGAACUAGUUAAAGAAUACAUAAGUGAAACUCCAGAAGAAUAUAAAGAAAAAUGGGAAUCUUUUGUAACAGGUGCUCUUUUAGAUAUAAACAAAAGGAAUGCAGUAGAAUUGAUAAGUGGUCACAAUCUAGCCUCCAGUAGUGAGGAUGAUGAUGCUGACUUUAGAGACCUUCCAUUCCCAGCUGAUGCAGCAUUACAACAGGCAUUCUCAGAACAUCAACUACAACAAAUGACUAGUAAUUUUAUAGAUACAUUUGGUUUUAAUGAUGAAGAAUUUGUGGAACAAGACGAUAAAAUAGAUUCCUCUUUUAAUGAAAGAAUAUCAAGUAUAGAUUUCAACAUACAGGCUAGUGAUACAGAUGCAUUUGAAGACGUCAUGGGUAAAUUUGAAGAAAAUGAACAGCAGAGCGUAUCGAUGUUUGAACAAGCAUGCAAUGAGCGUAUUCAGCAGUUUGACGAUAACGACAGUGACGAGGAUAUCUGGGAGGAGAAAGAGAUCACGUUUUCACCGCAGGCUCAACAACAACAACAACAACCUAAAAGGUCAGGAAGAAUGGCUGAGACAGUGGAGGAUGAUUCUAGUGAUACCAGUACUGACAGUGAGGAAGAGCUGGACUCUCCUCGUAAAAUUGUACAGCAACCUACCAGUGAAAAUAUGGAUGUUGAUGCUAACGAUGCUUGGGCAGCCAACUUUGAGGAAGCUCCAAUGGAGGGUACACCUGUUGCCAUGGAUACAUCACCUUGGAGUUCAACUCAAACAAGUUCAGCUGACAGCCAACAAGAAAAGUGGGCAGAUUUUACAGGGAAAGUACCAACAAACGAAGAAGAAGAAGAGAAAUGGGCCGAUUUUAGCAGUAUUUCAGAUUUAGCCAGGACAGAUCCUGGGCCUAGAAGUAGUUCACCUGUUGCUAUGGAUACAACAGAUGUUACUGAAGGAAAUUCAAGAACAGCUGCUUACUUGGCUAAGACCUCUCCUGCUGACCUUCUGUUGACCUCUAUAGACACUGUCGAGGGAGAUAAAUCGUCAGAAGACAUACAACAGGAAGAAGUAUCCUCUUCAGAAGACGUCAGUCCGUCAACAUCUGAAGAAAUCGCCAUAUCAUCCGAUACUACUCCCUCAUCCUCUCAGGAAUCGCAGGAUAGCAACCCAAAAUCAGGUAGUGAAGCUGAAGAGCCAUCAAGUUCUACAGCACCUCCUGAACCGACCUCAGAAACGACGGAAAAAACAACAGAGGAAAUAUCUAGUUCAUGUAAUCCAGACAGCAAAAAUGAUAGCUUUUUAGCAUCAUCAGGAUUAUUAAAGACAGAGAAAGUUAUAGAAGAUAGUGUUCAACAUGUAGUUGAAAUAGAGGUUAAUGGUCCAUCAACUGAGUCUACCAAACUGUCUCUUGAAGAUUCUAGUUCUGAUACCAAAGAAGAAAAGACUGAUAGUGUAAUUAAUCCUGUAGCGAACGGACCUGUAUGAGGAUAUGUUCUGGUGUAAUCGUUGUCUGUGAUUAACUUAAGCCUUAAAACUGACAGCAACCUGCAGUAUUUUACAUCAUUAAAAGGUGGUGCUGAAAACGUCCAUCGCCAAAAUAAAACUUGCUAACGAUGGUGAGAAACUGUGAUGCGAUAACCCUGGGACCUGCCAUGACGCCAGCCGAUCAUUACUAUCAAUUUUAUAUAUUUAUUUUGACUAAUGAGUACUAAUGAUUGGUUGUUGUCACUCUGCAUGGAGAAAUUUUAAAUAGUUCACGUCAUUUUUUAUAUGCAAGUUGAAUGCACCAGUGAGAGAUUUGUUUUCUCUCUGUGUAGUGGAAUAUUUUGUUGUUUUAAGCUGCAAAUUAGGUUAUUGUUAUUCCAGUUUUACUGUUGUUUAGAUUUAAAUGAGGUCACAUGACUUAAUUUGCAGUACAAUCUUGUUAUAAGUACUUGGUCCUUUUUGCAGGGGUAAUUUUACUUUCUUAAAAAUAAAAUAAAAUGAAAUGUGUAAUUGGCCUGUCAUUAACAUUUUAAUAUCAAAAUGUCCUUGAAAAAUUAAAAAAAUAAUUAUUCAGUACUUAAUUGAAGGUUAUUUACCCCUGCUAGGACAAUCAUGUACUGUAAAAAGUCUUUGUUAAUACUAGAAACAUUAAUUGUACAGCAAUAAUUUUAUAAUUCUAGUAAAUAACUGAUUUAUAUUUUGUUGUUAGCCCAACCUUUUUUCACGAUUAUCUGUAAUGAUUUUUUUAUAUAAAUAAAUCAUCUGUCAACCAUGUGUCUCGCAAGAUGGUAUGUUCUAAAGAUGUUUAAUGGUUCAUUUUAAAGAGAAUGAAAAAAAAAAAAAAUUGCAGAGGUGAAAAUUUUAUACAGGAAACUACACUACAUAAUUACUUAAAUUUUGUGUUGAGGGAUCAUUGUUUUCAAUAAAAAUCAGAUCUAUUUUUUCUAUGAACAUAUGCAUGGUUUAGGGUAGGGAAAAUAAAAAAAGUGGAUUUCAAAUAAGAGAAGAAAAAAAACAUGUUAUAAUUAUAUUUUUCUGUAAGAAAUCUCAGUUGCAAGAUGCUUUUUUAAACUUCCUUCUUUUUAAGCUGCUAGUCUGUAGAAUAGAUUUUUUUACUGAUAAAUACAUGUAUAACAUAAACAGCUAAAAUCAAAAGUGUAAGCUCAAUGAUUUUUAAGUGGACAAAAAUGUGAUUUUUCUCAAAUGCUGUUAUCAAAAUGUAUAUCAUAGUUGCCAACUUGUAGAAUUAUAAUGAUAGGUCAUGACAUUCAAAUGUGUUGUGUUUACAGUAAUAAUCAACAUGUUUUGGUUGUUGACAGUUUUCAUGGGAUUUCAAAAAAGUGAUAUAUGUUCCUUUUUACUAGAGUUCAAACAAUAGUUUCUUCCUUUUUGAUUUAAUGACAGACAUGUUAUAUUGAAUUCAGUUUCAAAGGAGAAUGGUCUUGUUAUAUUAUGCCAUGAAAAUAAAUAAAACUAUGAAGUUAAUGUAUCUAGCCUAGAGUGAGAACAUUUUGGUUUCACUGAUGUUUGUUUGUAUGGGGUGUAGUCCUGUGAUGGAUUAGGGUGUGUUGGCAACUGUGAUAACUUUAUAACUAAUAAACAAUAUAUCUGUUUGGUUUGUACUUUAUUUUGUUUUGAAAUAUGUAAAAAAAAAAAAAAAAAAAGAGUCACAUUUAACUGUUUAAAGAGUUGCUAACGGUUAAAUGUUUCUUUUUUUUAUAUUGACUCAAAAUAAGAGUUGAAUUUCGCUGUAACGUAUUUUCAUUUAUAAUCUUUUUCAAAAUCUAGGGAAAUUUAAAAAAAACAUUUGUUAUAAAUUCAUGCCAGGUAUGGUAUAUUGUGAUUUGCAGCAAUGAAAAUUAGGGAAAUAAAACUUACAUUAGGGUUAUCUUCAUUGGGUUUCAAUAUUGCUCAGAAAGUGAUAUUUUACAUUUUUCCUCAAUUGACAGCUUUUUAAUUUAGUUAUAAACAUUAUAUAGAGUUAACAGUUUUGUUGAAAUUGUGUUAAUUUUGUUGAUUUUGAUGUGUGGAUGAUAAUUUCUUAUUUAUUGGACCAUUUUUUUGUUGAGAAAGUUAGUGUGAAAUAUGAAUAAGAAUGGACACUGGUGUGAAAGUGUUUAUACCCCAUUUAAAUCAAUUUAUGUAAACAGAGUCAAUUCAUCUGUUUUACACAAUGCAGAAAUUUCAUCUUUAUGAUUUUUUGCAGGAAUGACUCAUAUAUUUUUGUAUGUGCAUAAUAACUUAAUUUACAACAGACAAUAUUUAAAUAGGAAAUUAUGUUCAAGUUCAAAGGUUGAAAUAAUGAAUUUCUAGGUCAUUACUCUGGUUGAUGGAAAGAACAAGGUCUUGAAUGAAAAAUAUGUGUAAUCAAAUGUUAUCAAAGGGAGAUAAUUAUUUUCAGAAACAAAUUAUCCCCCUUUGACCAAAAGGAAAAUAACUUGAAAUAACUGAUUGAUUUCUGGCUUUUGUGAUUCUUAGGAUUUGUAGAAAAUAAUUUGCAUUCGAAUAAGAUAUUUAAUUAAAUAUUGUACAGUCAAGAAAUAAGACUUUAAAGAGAGACAGUUACUCUUCAUUUAAACAUUUAAGCCUGAAUGCAUUUAAAUACUUCAUAUCUGGUAGUGUCUACUGUAAAUCUAUGGCUUAAUGUAUUUAAGUGUGCUCACUUUGGAAGUCUAUAAUGUGAUUUAAAAAUAUCUUGAUGACACACAUUAGAAAUUUUGGAACAAAAAAAAAACAUUUACUUAUUGGCAAUUGCUUAUUGUAUGAGCUUUCUUGUUUCUCGAUUAUAUUGAUAUUUGUGAAUAUUUUUCAGUGGGACAAAAAUUAUAAUAAUGGGAUAACUUUUAUUCAUAUAAUUUUUGUGUAAUCUCAGGCUUUUUUGAAAUUGUAGACAAUUAUAAAACAAAACAAUAACAAAAACUGUGAUUAGUUUUAUAAAGGUAUUAAAGAUCUGUGACUCUUUUCACACAAUAAAAAUACUGUUUAUUACUAAGUAUUUCAGUGUUAAUUACAAAAUUCUAAUUGUAAUAUUUUAUAUGAAAUGAAUAGCAAAUGAAAACAUUGAGAUAUUGGAAUGUCUUGCCUGUGUAUGUUUGCCAGCGAAAAUAUUUAAGAUAUUAUCAGUAUUAUAUCUCAGAUGUUAACCGUUUCUAUAGCAACACUCAUUCUUACUUGAUACUAGUCUGGAUAUAAAAUCAUUCCUUCAAGAGAACCGGUGAAUUGUGAUUUCACAACAUUUCUUAGCAGCAAAAAUGAUACAACCAUUCAAAACAAUUAUUCAUUUGGUAAUUUAACAAGCAGAAAAGGAGAGAGAGAAUAAAAAAAACAUGUGAAGAGAACUUGAAGCUGAGAUUGAGAUAAAAGUUGUGUUAUUUCUGUCAAAAAUUCUUCUUUAGUUUACAGUAUAAAUACACCAAUGCAUUAAUGCUUGAACCAAAUUUGCUGCAAUGUUUGUCCAUAAGAAUCAAAAUAACAGACACCCACCCCAUUACUAACCAGAAUAUCAAUAAUUAUUGUAGAAAAGAAAUCUAUCCCCUUGAAAUAAAAUCAAUGCAACUGCAUAUUUAAAUGCAAACCUUGGUAUCAGUACCAAAAUGGCUAUUUCAGAAAAAAACAUUUCAAUAAACUAAUAUUGUCCUGAAAAAAAAUACCGUAGUAUUUUAUUAAAUGUUAUUUCUACUGCACAUUUAGAACAUUGUUUUAAUGGUAAAAUGCUCCCUUGAGGUAUUAAGGGAUUAGUAAAGAUUAUAUUAUGGUCAUGUUGUUUAAUGUGUAUACUAGAGUGGAAAAUGUGAACACAUAUUGAGUUGCUCGUUGCAUCACAUUGUGAAAUUGUGUUUAUAUUUGAUAUUUUAUAGUGCUAUGAAGAGAAUUAAUUGUAUAUAUUUAUGAUUGAAAAUAUACAUGUAGAAAACACAAAAUAUCAGACCACAUAAAGAAAGGAUUCAAUGUCCUGAUUUUCUGUUGUUUUGUCAUUAGGAAAUUCUGGUUUUGUCAUGCAAAUACAAAAUGAACUUCAUACAACUAAAAUACAAGGAAAAAACUGAAAAUCAUCUGGAUUGGUCUUAAAUGCCCCAGUUGUGGUAGAGGGGGAAUUAAGUGAAAUCUUUCUCUCUACUCAUUACUGAAAUAAAUUUUUAUUUCUCCAACUUUAAUUUGCUUCAACUAAAUGUUAUUAAACUUGCACGUAAUGCUUAUUACCACAAAACUCAGAUCAAGUCAGAACUUUGGUGGCAUCACUUUUUUUUUUCUUGAA